AUGAAUGUAAGAAAAAGCAUCUUAAAUUAUUUAAUUCUGCAUAGCAGCAUCGUCCGGAGGCAUCAUCACAAGAGCUAUCACAAGGAAUGCGGGCAUCGCGGCAGCCCCACCGGGAUGGAAAAAAGCAGCAAAAUGAAAAACGUGAGGCCCAAUUAUUUUGUAUGCAUCCCCCUGUCAGGGAACAAAGCCUUAGUGGAAGAAUUGCUCAAAGUGCAAAACCACGUCGCUUCGAAAUUUGAAAUGCUCAAAGAAUGUGCAAUAGAGAGAAACAAGUUUCACAUAUCUCUCCUCAUUUUACACGUGAAGAAGUCCCAAAUGGAGUCCUGCAAGGAAGCCUUCCACGAAGCUAUGGAGGAAAUUAAAAAGAUGAACCAUCAAGCCAUUUCGUUCGACACACUGGAAACGUUUCGAAACGACGUGUUGUAUGCAGGACUGCAGGAGGACAGCCGGAAGUACAUAAUGAAUAUGAUAGAUCUCCUGAGGGACUCCUUCGCCAAGAGGGACAUACACAUUUUCAGCAACCGCAAGGGUAAGGAGGAGGCCCAGGAGAAGAAGCGCCCGAGCGGCUCAAUCGAAAAAAGUACAGCCAAACCCAGCACACACCAAAGCGGAGACAAGGAACAAAUAACUCCCCAUUUGACCAUCAUGAAAAACUCCUACCUAAGAAAAAUUUACGUCAACAGGAAGCCGCAGAUUUUUCCCGACUACUACGCCGACUUCAACUUGUCCAAACUGCAAAAUGAGCGCGUCGUGCCAAACAAAAUACAGUUCCUCGAAAUGGACACAGACUCGGCAACGUCGUAUUAUAGAAUCAUCGCUGAAUGUGGCCUUCCUUAA